AUGGAGACCACAAAUUCCCCCAUCAAGAAUCUUCCCAACGAGAUAUCCACGCCGUAUCUGGCUUGUCGAUAUCUCGGCACGGCAUCAUGCGACGGGCCUUCGAUCAAUGAGCAGAACCCAAGCUUUGUACAUUUACGCAAGAUGUAUUCAUGCUUCCGACCAGUGAUAAUGGAAGAGAACAGACGCAGAAGGUUCCGCUAUGGGUGGUCUGUACAAACCUUGGCUGGCAGCACGCAGCUCCAGAUAACAGCCGAGGAUAUUAUUGAUGAGACGGCACAUCAAGAAGUAUACCUGGAUGAAGGGGAGCGCUUCUCUCAGCUUUGCACGGUGACAAAUGUCGUUACCCAUGGCUCUCGGCCAGGCCUUUUUACCCGGCAUGUCAAUAUCAGCGAAGGCGUCAUUCGUGUGUUUAGAGACUGGCUAGCCAGCAUGCUGUCCAGGCAAUCAACUCUUCAGUCUGAGGCUUCCUCAUCACCACAUUCUUCUACGACAGGAGCCACAAUCGCAGGCUCCACCACAUUUUCAUCAGACGAUAACCGCAUCUUGUGGGUAGAUAGAACAAAGGACAUUGGCUUGCGUUUCAAGGUGACUCCCGGGCAAGAGACAAGGGGGACCAUCUUUGAAGAUGAGCCUCCCGUGUUUUACAAUCUAAUUUAUGAAGAGCUGAUUAUACGCACCAGCACACUGUUGUUGGCUGUUGAAGAAGCCGCUGUCAAGCAUGUGUCACACUCAGGAAAAGACAUCAUUAUCGCGAGUAUCUGA